AAACCUUAGGUGACACUGUAACAUCCUGGUGGAAACAGCUUAGUGAAAUGUCUGACUGAAUCAGUUGUAAACUGCGUAGCAUCAUCAUCAUCAUCCUCCUCAUCUUCAUCAUCAUCAUCACCACAGCGCUGGUGUAGGACGCGGACGGAGCGAGCAGCAGAGAAGCUGCUGCUGUGUUCAGAAAAUGGCCGACAGAUUUUCUAGAUUCAACGAACAGCGUGAUUUCCAGGGUGGGAAUCACUUUGACCAGUAUGAAGAGGGCCAGCUGGAGCUGGAGCAGGCGUCCCUGGACAAGCCCAUCGAAUCGGAUAACAUCGGGCACCGGCUGCUUCAGAAACAUGGCUGGAAGUUGGGGCAAGGCCUUGGCAAAACCAUGCAGGGUCGCACCGACCCUGUGCCCAUUAUCCUCAAAUAUGAUGUCAUGGGGAUGGGACGGAUGGAGAUGGAGCUGGACUAUGCAGAGGAUGCCACAGAGAAGAGAAGAGUCCUGGAAGUGGAGAAGGAGGAUACAGAGGAACUGCGGCAAAAAUACAAAGACCAGAUGGAAAAGGAGAAAGCCAUUGCAAAGGCUCUGGAGGACCUGAGAGCCAACUUCUACUGUGAGCUAUGUGACAAACAGUACACCAAGCAUCAGGAAUUUGACAACCACAUUAACUCUUAUGACCACGCUCACAAGCAGAGGCUUAAAGAACUGAAGCAGAGAGAGUUUGCUCGUAAUGUGUCCUCACGUUCACGGAAAGGUGGAAAAAAGCAAGAAAAGAUGCUACGCCGAUUGCACGAGCUGGCCGAACAGAGGAAACUACAGGAUUGUACUCCAGGAAGUGGGCCCAUGUUCAAAACGACCACAGUGGCUGUGGACGGAGAGAAGGCAGAAGAUGGUGACAACAUGACGCCCGAGAACCCAGCUUUGACAGAAUGUGCACUGGAAGGAUCACUGACAGAUAAAAGUGGGCAAGCCUCCCCAAAGCCUGGCCCAGCCAUCAGCUUCUCUCUCGGAAAGAACAGCUCCUCCUCCCCGACCCCAAGUGGUUCAUCAAAAGUCAGUGUUUCCUUCUCUUUUGCCAAGAAAGCUCCAGUGAAGCUGGACACCGCGGCUGCAGUGUUUGCUGAUCAUGGUGAGGAGGCUAUGGAGGAAGAUGAGAGCCAAGAGGCGGAAAAGACAACAGAACAAGAGGAGACAUCUGGCUGCGGAACAGAAAGCCCCAAGGGAAUAUCAGGAGGGGGUGAAGGAGCAGAGGGCGUUGGUCCGGCAGGGAUGGAAGAGGUGGAGCAGUCGGACGAUGGAGGCUCUCUAGCCUCCACACUCAACAAACUGAAGAUGAUGAUGAAAAAGGAGGAAGGAUAUGCUGGACAGGAGCCUCAGUACUAUCACUAUGUACCUCCAGCUCACUGCCGGGUAAAACCUCACUUUCAAUUUUUGCUGUUCAUGAAGGCCACUGAUCAGUCUCAGAGCAAAGAAGAAGAAGAAGAAGAAGAUGACGAGGAAGAGGAAGAGGGGCCAGAGGAAAAAAAGGGUGAAGAUUGUCCUGAACAGACAGAAUCUAAUGUUGCAGAUUGUCAGACUGAUCAAGAACAAGAUCAAGAACAAGGCGAAGCCACUCCAGCUCCUGACCCAGACCCAACUCCUCUUUCGCCUAAAGUGCAGACAGAUGACGUCUCUUCAUGUGCAGUAGACACAGCUUCUACGGUACCCACUUCACCUACACAAAAACCAGAGAGCACACAGGAAACUCCAGAUUCCAAUUCAGGCCCUAAAAUCCCCACUGGACCCUUCUUCCCGGUUCUUAGCAAAGAUGAAAGCACGACCCUGCAGUGGCCCUCUGAGCUCCUCGAAUUUACAAAAGCUCAGCCUUCCCUGUCUUACAGUUGUAAUCCCCUCUACUUUGACUUCAAGCUGUCCCGCAACAAAGGAGUGCGUGGUGGUAAAGCAGCAAAGUCCCCUAAACCUGAAGAAUCAGAUGACAAGGGACAAGAGUUAGCAACCUCAACAGCAGAAGUAGAUUCAACGACUAAACCUGGGACGAGCACUGACAAAGAUAAGCCAAUGAUGAAGGGAGAACCUGGUCAAUCAGAAGGUGAUCAGCAAAAGCCUGCAACUGGCAGCAGUAGUGUCAAGAAAAAAAAGAAAAAGAAGAAGCAUAAGAAGUCUGCAAAGCACUCAAAACACAAGGAAAAAGAAAAGGCAGCAGCAGAAGGGGUUGAAGGAGAGACAGAGGUAACACAAGAAAAGCCCAAAAAGAAGAAAAAACACAAACGGAAGAAGAGCAAAAACAAAGCUCCUGAUCAGGAUGAGGCAACAGGUGAUGAAAAAGAUAAAGCAAAACCAAAGUCAGAAGAUAAAGCUGUUUCCUCCUCCGUUCAGCUGACACCUGCAGGGGGAGGAGCUACAGGGAAUACAGGAGUAGAACUGGGCAAGAGGAAACGUGCUACUAAGGAAGUGCCUUCCAAGUCUGGAGCUGAGGAAGGCGGAGCCAGAAAAGGUACCAAUAAGGCCAAUUCCUCAGAGGAGCACAGUGGCACCAAGAGACAAAAGACAGACUCCAGUGCAUCUCAAAGUGCCUCCUGCUCCACCUCAGCCCAGAAGAGUCCUGGUCCAGGUAGACCCCCUAGCAGUGAGAGUGAAGAAGAAGGCGGCUCAAACACUCAGCGCUCUCGUCAUCACAGGUCAAGUCCCCGGGAACAACGACGCCACCGUAGUGAGGAAUCAGGGCGGUCCCGUAGUCGUUCAUCAAGACGAGGGGAUAGACGGGGCAGCAGCCGUCGGCACCAUCGCGGCCAAACCUCCCAUAGUCACUCUUACUCCAGCAGCUCGGAGCGCUCCUCAGCAGGCAGCAGUGCCUACAGCCACCGUAGCCGCAGCUACUCUGACAGCUACAGUGACUACAGCAAAGAGGGGCACAGACGGCGACGGUCUAAGCGUUCAUCAGAGUCCGAGUACGAGCGGAGAGGUAGCCGAGGGCGCAGGCGAUCCAGGAGACAUCAGUACUCCUCUUCUUCCUCAGAUGACUCCCGCUCACGUUCACGCAGCUACAGCCGCAGAAAAAGGCACCGGCGGCACCAUCGGAGCAGCUCGAGAAGCUCCAGCAGCUGGAGCCGCAGCACCAGCGCAAGAUCCUGGAGGCGCAGCUACAGUCGAAGCCACAGCUCAGCCAGCCGCUCCUCCAGCUCCGCUAAAGGCUCCUCUCACCGUCGAGGCCCCAGGGGUCGAGGUGACAGUGACGCACAUCGCAGAGACUUCAACCGCUCAAACAUCUACCGCUCCCAGUCUCCACGCUCAUCUUCAUCACGAGGCCUUAACCGCAACACCCAUUCAUCCAGCUCACAGUCUCUGAGGCCUGGAGGAUCCCGAGAUGCAGGGGAACAGAAAAACACCCUGACAGCACGACAACUUCUGGAGAAGGUUCAGUCUAAAAAAAGUUCUGAUGAUUCUGGCACUGGAACAAAAACUGGUCUCAAGAUUAAAGACCCCCCUCAGGGCUACUUUGGUCCCAAACUACCCCCGACCCUUGGAAAUAAAGCCCUGCUUCCACUUUUUGGUAAACUGCAGGCAGGGAAGAAACCAGUGAUUCCUUUAACCAGACCAGAUGAGGGAGAUAAAUCAGGAACAGGGAAGGGCUCUGAGUCUGAGAGAGAAGUUAUCCUGGUAGAGCCUAUAAGAGAGUUCCCUCCUCCACCACCACCUCCAGCUCCACCAGUCCAAAAGGUUGAGGAGGCUCCACAGAGCACAGUGGUGGUACAAGAGGAGACGCAGCACCCCACUACAGAAGCCCAAGUGCACCAAGAACCCCGGCCAUUGUUUGAACAGGAGCCUUCCAUAAUGAUGCCUCAGUACCAAGCAGAUUCAGGACAGGACCCCUCACAGAACCCCAUGAUGGAGUCCCUCAUGCCAGAAAUGCAGCAGCAGCCCCCAAUGCACGCCUACCCCGCUUAUCCACCACCCAACCUGGAGGAGGACGGCAUGGAGGCAGAGGAGGACGGACUGGCUCCUCUGGAGAGUCAGCCCAUUACGUUCACACCAGAGGAGAUGGAGAAAUACAGCAAGCUACAGCAGGCUGCACAACAACACAUCCAGCAGCAGCUUUUAGCCAAGCAGGUCAAGACGUUUCCCUCUGCAGCCGCUGCAGCCGCCGCCGCGGCAGCAGCUGCCAGCUUGGCCCCGGCUCCCCCUCCACCAGCUCUGCAGCAGAUCCACAUUCAGCAGCCAACUGUGUCCGUAGCCUCCGGCACUUCAAUCACCACAGUACAACACGCCAUCCUGCAGCACCAUGCUGCCACUGCUGCUGCCAUGGGCAUACACCCAGGACAUCCCCACCACCCCCACCCAGCACAUGCCCAGUUGGCGCAGGUACAUCACAUUCCCCAGCACCACCUCACCCCCAUCUCUCUCUCUCAUCUCAGCCACUCCCUGGGUCACUCUCUUGGACACUCACUGGGACACGCAGGGCUGAUUCCUGCCCACCCGACAGCCUUCCUCUCUGGUCAGCCCAUACAUAUUAUCCCCGCUUCUGCACUUCACCACACCCCUUUAGCUCUGCACCACGUCCCACACGCCGCCCUUUACCCCACACUCUUCACACCUCGGCCCUCACAGGCCGCUGCAGCAGCAGCUCUCCAGCUCCACCCGCUGCUGCACCCAAUCUUUUCUGGGCAGGACCUCCAGCACCCACCUAACCAUGGCUCUUGAGUAAUUCUGAAAGUGAAGGAGUUAAAUCACAGCUCUGGUGGAAAGACUUUUUUUCUGAUGAAGUCAGACGUGCAGUCACUGUGACGAGAUGCUUGUCAAACCACCGUUUUACUGGCCCACACACUGCAGCAAGUUGUAGCCACAAAGUGGUGCUGCUUGUGUUGGCUUUAAAAUUGACACUAAAACUUUUCUCAUGGUUUGCCCUGUACUUUUAAAGGCAGGGGGUCAAUUUGAAGAGAUAUUCCAUGUAGGGGGAAUAUUAACACGAACCAAUUUGUUUGAGUAACAAAUCAGAGAAACCACUGGAGUUUUGUUAUUUGUUUUCCAUAUACACAUAUUAUCACAGUUUUUGCUUAUAUUGGUAGCCAAAGAGAGAUGUAAUGGCUGAAGCUAUAAGCAGAUAGGUCAGAGGAGGAAUCGGAGGAGGUCAAACAGCUUAGUCUGUAAUGUAAUUUUCAUAGUGAUGAUGCUUUUUCUGUUCUCAUACGACUAUUCGCUUUCUAUUGGAUCCCUGGUCUUUAAAUAAUUUGUAAUGCAGUAACUUGUACAUAUAUCAGUGUGUAAUGUGAAGAAUCCCACCAAUGAUGACCAUUUGUGAUUAUACGAUCAGGAUGUCCAAAUCAGCAUGAAAUGUCAUUUAAGACCCCCCCUCCCUCAAGGGGUAAAUGAACGCAGGGGUUUUUAAUAUCCCUAAUGCUCGGAGGUAAAGCUCAUGUUCUCUGUGGUGAGGGUACACCUGAAUUAAUUGCACUGAAAUCUGUACAUCAAAAUGGUGCGUUUGCAUCAUUUAACAAUAAGAUUGUAGUAUACUGCAAUAACUGUAUUUUUCUGUUUUUAAAUUAUUUUCCAAAAUGCUCUUCAAAAGAAGAGCUGUGUUUUUCUUUCCUUUGGUGUAAUUUUGUAAAUAAAACUGCUGUAGAUUAACCUGUUAACAUUCUAGAGGUUUGAAACUGCUGUUGGGAUGGGAGGGGGGGGGCAGGAUAACAAUUUGGAUAGAAAUAGACGCCAUGUCUUUUACCAAGGUUAUUUCUAAAUUACCCCCUCAGUUGAGACGGGCUGGGACGGAAAAGGAUGGUGAUCUGUCAAACAGUAGCAACGCUGUAUUUUUUAAAGACUUACUCUGUUUCAGCAAAUAAAACAUUGAGUUCA